GUGCCCUUUUUGUUCGGUGGCCGUUACCAUUAUCGGAUUUCUCCUACCGCUUCGCCGGCCCGGAUCACGGGAUCGGGGCAGCCGGUGGAGGGCAAUCUGAGGUCCUUGCACCAUUUCUCGCACGUACAAUGUCCGAAGCAAGCGAUUUGGUGAUUCUGAAGAGCGAGCAGAGAUCUCCGCCUGAGGUCCCAGCUUUGCGCUCCCUGCAUGCUCCGCACCUCCUAGGCUACUUCGCACGACCGACGAAGCCUGAAUUGAACUAUUGACAAGGGAGCGCAUGUUGCGCUUGCUGCCAGCCUCUGAUUUCGUCGCUCGCAAUCAUUUGACGUCACCAACCUCCUGCUUCAGUAAUCUCCGAGCCAUGCGAACCCGCUCGCUGCCCUGGGCGGCAUUUUGGACCGUGCUCCUGACUCUUCGGUGGUCCGGAUACGGGACACUGCGCCGAGCAGGCAUCGGACCAUGUCUGGGAGGCCGGAUUCGAUAUAAAAGAAGGAUACCUUGCGCUGCUGCACCCAUUGAUAGCUGCAUCCCCUUUCACAAUCACACCUCUACCAAAACACAUCACCAUGCGCUUCUCCGUCUUUGCAAUCCUGCUCUCCGCCAUGCCCCUCCUGGUCAUCGGGGGUACUAUUGGCUUACAAUCCGACCUUGUCGAACUCUCUCCACGACAGGGCAGGAACACCGAUGGAUGCUACGAGCGCCAGUACUGCGAUACGCGAAACAUUGAUUGCUACAGGGGGCCGUGCUAUUGCAACAGGCGCAAC